AUGACUGUGACCAUCCUCGAAGAGGAGCGUGAACACCAAACUCGUCCUGAUGCGCCCCAAGCCGACCAUAAAGCCACCGCCCGAGAGACAUACCCCGACGGCGUGAAUCCCGUCUUAGAGACGUCGCAAUGGGCGAUGAAGGAGAUCGGCCUCGUCGGACUGCACGAAGACGGCGUCGCGUCCGCCGCGCGUUACAUCCGCGCACAGAUGCAGCGCGAGUCUUAUACCCCCCGCACCUGGCGCACGCAUCCGCUGCACCUCUGCCCGGCGGAGUCCGUCGCAUGGGCUGCGCCGUCGACGCGCGCGUGCCUUGACUGGGUCUUCCUCAUCUCCUCGCUCAACUUCAGCUUCUGGUCCGAGCGCGAGGGCACGCGCGGCCGUUACGGCGUCGAGUGGCGCGCGGGGUGGGACGCGGACUGUCCGACGGUGGUGCAUACCGGGUACUGGUCGCUUGUGGCGGCUGUAGACAGAGCGCUCGAGGAGGGCAUAGCCAUCACGGACCCGUCAUUCUAUGCGUCCGAGACGCUCUGUUCGGACGCGCUUAUCGAGCAUAUAUUCCGCGCCGCGCCACAGUCCGUUGAGCGCAUACCGCUGCUCCGAGAACGUAUCGCGGUCCUUCGUCAAAACGGCGCAAUCUUGUGCGAGAAGUUUGGCGGCUCGUUUCAUGGCUUCAUGGACACUUUUCGCAUACGCUAUGAAGGCAGGGGCACCGCGCUUCAACUAGUCAAGAUGGUCACGGAACACUUCCCGUCCUUCCGGGACGAAUCGUCCUACCAAGGCCGGCGAGUGUACAUCUGGAAGCGCGCGCAGAUUCUCGUCGCCGAAGCAUGGGCCGCAUUCUACCCCGCCUCGCCCUCUAUGCCGCAUCCGCUCUUCCCCGCCGGCGCAGCGAUCCACGAACUGACGAUGUUCGCCGACUACCGCGUCCCACAGAUCCUGCACCACCUCCGCAUUCUGUCCUACCCGCCAGCGCUCGUGAAGUUUCUCAGCGCGCACGUCCCUCUCGCCCCGGGUAGCCCCGAAGAACUUGCAAUUCGCACGGCGAGCAUCGUAGCCGUCGAGCGAGUUCGUCAGGAGAUCCUGCGCCAGGCCGAGGAGGACGAAGAGGGUAGCGGGGACGACGAGGACGUCAGCAGCGUGCUCAUCGACUUCUACCUGUGGGAUCUUGCGAAGCGUGCCGAGGGCGAGGCAGACGGCGUCGGGGGCGUCGAGACCGCGCCGAUGCUGCCUAUUCAUCGUACACGGUCCAUAUGGUAUUGAU